AUGUGCCACCCGCGCUUCGACUUCUGCCGUUCGGGGUCAUCUUCCUCCCAGGUCGGCUCGGAUGGCUGUUGUGCGGUGCGUGCCUCAUCUGCGUUGCUGGGUGCCGUGGGUGCCUCCUCUUGCACAUUCGAGACGAUGAUCGCGACGUUCAUCCUGCGUGCGGUGCUGCGAAUCUUCGUGCACAACGACGGCAUGAACUCUGAGGCGUGA